GCAAAAACAUCGAUUCCAUUAUUGAAAUGAACUGCACUAGCCCGAGCAGUCAAUGAAUUAAUUUGUCAUUUUGCUACAACAAAAUUAUAUUUUAGAUGACGUCAAAAAGCAACUUGUUUUAUAUAAGUAAAUAGCUAGGAAUAUUAGCGUUUUACAUUAAAAGUCCGUUGAGUAGAACAGCAAUUAAGAUGGGCAAGUUAGGCCAGGUUGCAUUGGUGGGUUUCGUUUGCCUAACUAGUUUAGGAUGUGUAUUAGCUGUUAUACCUGACUACAUUCAUGUAUGCCACAGAAGUGAUCCCAAAGUAGCGGUUUGCAUCCAAAACUCUGUAGAAGCCUUACGACCUCUUCUGGUUAAGGGACUUCCAGAGCUCAACGUAAAAGGAAUUGAUCCAUUCGAACUAGGAAGAAUCACGAUAUUCGAUGGAGUCCAAAAUCCUGAUGUGAAACUGUACUUUGACAAUGUGGUUGUUACGGGUUUGGGGAAUUUCAAAAUUACCAAGCUGAAGCUGGACGUUGAAAAAAUGAUCUACCGAGUAGGAGUAAAAGUUCCGUUUUUGAACCUAACGGGGACUUUCGAUGCUGAUAUGAAAUUUGGGCAACUGGAAAUUAAGACAAAUGGCGAUUUGCACACUGAUCUAGUUGAUGUUGAUGCCCAAGCAGUGAUUCAUGCAUACUUGAAAGACAACAGCAGAAUGAUCUUUGACUCGUUGACCUUAAGGCUGAAAGCCUCAGAUUUUCAUUUAAAUGUUGACAAUUUCCCCAAGAAAGACGCCGUUCUGGGGCAAACUAUACAUCAACUUAUCACUGAAACCAGUAAGCAGGAUGUACGGGACCUUGCUACACCUCAUAUCGAGCGAAAAUGUGCGGAGAUCUUGCUGGACUUGAGUAACCAAAUCACCGAGACUUUUGACUAUAACGAGCUAUUCCCACUUUCUGAUGGAAUCAAACUGUGCCAUAGAAGCGAUCCUGAGGUGGAAACUUGCGUGAAAAACUCAGUAGAAGCAUUAAAACCGAUGCUGAAAGAAGGUCUACCCGAGCUGAAUGUACCUGGAAUAGAUCCCUUCAAAAUGGAACAGAUCGAAAUCAUGGAUGGAACGCUAUUGCCCGAAUUGAAAGCCUCUUUAGUCAACUUGGAAGUGAUUGGAUUAGGAGACUUUGAGAUCACAAAUCUCAAAAUGGACUUGGAGAACCAUGUGUAUGAUGUUGGUGUUAAAGUGCCCUUCUUGGACAUUCAUGGAGGGUACAAUGUUGAUGGAAAAUUGUUAUCGACCACUAUUCAAUCAACUGGAACUUUCAAUGCAAAUGCCACUGGUUUAGAUGGACAAGCAUUGAUGAAAGGAGCCCUAAAAGACAACCAUUUGAAGUUUGAGUCCAUCGACUUUAAGCUGAAGAUGGAAGACUUUAACCUGGAUCUUGGCAACUUCCUCACUGAAGACCCUGUUCUGACAAACUAUAUAAAAGUGUGCCAAAAAACCGAUCCAAACUUAUCGCAAUGCAUCAUCGACUCCAUCGAAUAUUUACGCCCAAAGCUCAAAGAGGGAAUACCGGAACUAAACGUGCCCUCAAUUGAGCCUUUGCCUCUGAACGAAAUUCGACUGAAAAGUGGCCCCAAUCAGGCCCAGAUCAACGCUAAUAUAACUAACUUGCUGGUACAUGGCCCAUCCUCUUUCAAGAUCAUCGACUUAAAGCCUGAUCUUGAAAGAACCAGAUUUCUGGUCCAGUUCACUAUUCCGACUCUUUAUUUCGAAGGCGACUAUGACAUCGAUAUGAACGUUUUGAUUUUGAAAUACAAAGGAAAAGGCCCAAUCCAAGGCAAUUUCACAAACUAUGUGUUCAAUUGCCUGUUUAAAGGCGACAAAGUCCAGAGAAACAACCAAACCUACCUUCAUUUCAGGAAGUUCACCAUAACACUAUUCACGGGCAAAAGCCAUCUGCAUCUUGGCAAUUUGUUUGGGGAAAAUGGGGCGAUUUUGAGUGAAGCCACCAACACGUUAAUCCAAGAAAACAGCGAGUUGUUUAUUGAUGAAAUACGGCCUGUUUUAGAAGAGUCAUUGGCCCAGAAGUUUACCACGAUAGCAAAUACUUCCUAUAUAAAAGUGUGCAACAAAAACGAUCCGGAAAUAUCCAAAUGCAUCAUAAAUUCAGUGGAACAGCUCAGAUCCAGACUAAAAACUGGGAUUGCCGAAUUAAAUGUGCCUCCAAUUGAGCCCUUAUUGUUGGAUGAAAUCCAGUUGAGAAGUGGACCCAACCAGGCUAAAAUCAAUGCCAAUAUUACUAAUGCAAAAGUAUGGGGACCGUCUGGCUUCGAAAUCAUCGACCUAAAACCCAACGUAAAGAAGAACCGAUUCGUGUUCAGAGUGAGUAUUCCAUCAAUUUACUUCGAAGGAGACUACGACAUUGAUAUGAGCGUCUUAAUCCUGAAAUACAAAGGAAAAGGUCCCAUUACCGGCAAUUUCAUGAACAAAACGACUGAAAUGAAGACCUUCACAGUGCUGCUUGUUUGUUUUUUCGCAGGAAAAUCUCAUGGAAAAAUCCCUGAGUAUCUUCAGGAGUAUAUUUGUAAAGCCUCCGAUCCGAAAUACGAAAAAUGCGUUUUAACCAGCUUCGAAAAAACCAAACCCUACUUGAUGAAAGGAAUUCCCGAAUUGAGUCUUCCGCCCUUUGAUCCAUUUGAGUUGCCAAUAAUGACGGUGAAUCGCACCCUAAACGAUGCUGUUAGUAUUAACGCCAUCAUCAGAAAUAUCAAAGUUGAGGGUGGACGCAAUACGGUUAUCCAAGGGCUAAGGGCUGAUCCAAAGAAACACGUUGGGGAAAUUAGACUGAGCCUACCAUGGACCACUAUUGAAAUGGAAUACGAUGUUCAGGGGCAUCUGCUAACGAUUCCUCUUCAGAGCCGAGGAUUCUUCUUUGGGAAUUUCACCAACACUCAAUUUUCUAUCAAGGGCGGAUUGCAAACGUAUGAAAAAGAUGGCAAUGAGUACUUUAGAGUGAAGAGAAUCAACUCCAAAAUAGUGGUAGGCGAUGGCUUUAUUCGACUCACCUCCAAAAAUCCUGACAUGCAGUUCGGAGCCGAUUUAAUUGCGAAUUUCUUCAAUGAAGACCCAAGAAGAGUAUUGGACACAGUCAAUCCAAUCUUCAUUGAGACCUCGAAUCAACUGUUUACAGUGGUGGCUGAUCAGAUUUUAGCCAAUUUGAAAGCCUCCGAGUGGCUUCCAGCUUAAGUUGCCGUAAUUUUAGAUGUUGAUCGAUUAGUUUUAGAAACAAUAAAUGUGAUAAUUUGCUUUAAAAUUUAGCAUCUAAAAUGCCUUCAAAUGCGCGCUUAAAGUAUGGAGAAAAUUGUUUUUAGUCACGAUCAACUGUUUGUUAUUUGUUGGGAAUUUUAUAAAUAAACAGAAAAUAAAGAGGUGAUUGAAUUAG